GCAGCUUUGAAGAUCUUGAUGUUUGCUCUUGAUAUCAAAGAAUUAUGUGAGAAGAAUUGAUGAGAUGAGAUCAUUUUGUGUGAAUGAGCUCAUUGUAAUGUGGCAUUCUAGUUACGUACUUGAAAAUCAAUUAAAGUAACCUACAAUGUAAAUUCUGCACAAGCUGUUGAAAGUCUCUAACGUUGAUAUUUAAAGUUCAUCUUAGAUAGAAAGGAUUAAUGUUGUUUAGAGUUUGAAAAAUAUGUGGGUCAUGUUGCUCAAUCUACUCAAUCACACUAUAAGCAGCUCAACGUUAAGUAUUUAGUCUCUUAGGUUAAGCCACUUAGACAACAAAGAUAACUAGUUUUAUAAUUGUAAAUGGUAGCUUAAUUUUAUGUUAAAGUUGUUUAUAUUAAUGAUCUUACAAUUACAAUAAUUAUCUUGAAAUGAGUGCAGAACCCAGUAGUUCAAUUAAUACUGUUGAUAAUAAAGCUGUCAACAAUGAUUCUGACUAUGAUGAAGGUUUAGACAUUCCAGAUGAAACUCAUCACGGAGUAACGUUUUCUAGUGAUGAAAAAGAUGGUGAAGAUCAAGAACCAGUCACAGCGUUACCAUUCAAGACAAUCCAUAACACUCCAGUGAAAUUUAAAGCACCCGUUCGGAAAGUUUUCAUCCCGAAUCAAAGGAUCGAACUACAAAUAAUCGACCAUGAACGCAGUGUCACCUCGCACAUACUCAAUCCUUACUUAUAUACAAUCGAACUGGUUCACGGCUCUUUCUCUUGGACCAUUAAGAAGAGAUACAAGCAUUUCCAAUUACUGCACAGUCAGCUGAAAAUAUACCGUGCCACCCUGAACAUUCCUUUCCCAACAAAGACACAUCGAGAGAGGCGGACCAGUUUCAAGCAUGACCUCAACAGAACAAAACGUUCCGCUGGUGGUCUGCCUAGGUUUCCUGCUAAACCAGAUGGUCUCAUACCUGAGGAGCAGAUCGAAUCCAGAAUCCAAGAACUGCAGGAAUAUUUGAAAGCGUUGCUGAGGAUUCCGUUGUACAGGAAUCAUCAUGAAACGUUGGCGUUCCUGGAGGUGAGCGAGCUGUCGUUUGUGGCGGGUCUGGGGGGCAUGGGUGGCAAGGGCAAGGAGGGGGCCAUUUUGAAGCGCACGCGCAGUACGCGACCUGCAGCCAGUGCUCAGUGCAACCUGUGCGGACUCAUGGACGCCGCGCUCUGUGUCAGAUGCCAGUUUGUAUGCGGUGACGUAUGCGGCGCGUGGCGCAACCGGUGGCUGCUAGUGAAGGACUCGUGUGUGGCAUACGUCCGUCCGCGUGACGGCCGUCUGCGAUGCGUCAUGCUAUUUGACGCAGCGUUUGAAGUCAGCUCGGGUCUUUUCUCUACGGGGCUGAGGCGAGGAUUGCAUAUCACCAACGCUUGCAGGCAAAUAACGAUAAAAUGUCCCACAAGGCGAACGACCCGAGAAUGGAUGGCUUACAUAAAAGAUUCAGCUCAUAAAAUUGGUUUCUCGAGCCAGUGCCGGUACACGUCGUUUGCGCCGGUGCGUGACGCGGAGGUGUCGCGGGCCGCGUGGCUGGUGGACGGACGCAGCUACAUGGCGGCUGUGGCCGAUGCCAUGGAGGCAGCCAGGGAGGAAAUCUACAUCGCCGACUGGUGGCUGAGUCCCGAGAUACACAUGAAGCGACCUGCGCUGCACGGCGAUUACUGGAGGCUGGACCAUAUCAUACGACGGAAAGCGGAAGCUGGAGUUAAAAUCUUUCUUCUGCUCUACAAAGAAGUUGAAAUCGCUCUGGGUAUCAACAGCUUCUACAGCAAGCAGACUAUUGCAAAGUGUCAUCCCGAAAAUGUCAAGGUGCUAAGACACCCGGACCACACAAAGGCGGGAGUGUUCCUGUGGGCGCAUCACGAGAAGGUGGUAGUGGUGGAUCAGAGUGUGGCGCUUGUAGGGGGCAUUGACCUCUGCUACGGCCGAUGGGAUGAUCAUCACCACAGAUUGACCGAUCUAGGCAGCAUUAAACAUCGUGACAGCAGCGCAGUUAUUACAGCGGAAAGUGCAGCGUUAGCAGAAAAUGUAGCAGCAGCAGCAACAACAGCCGAACAGAGUAGCAUUGUCUCAUUGGUCAAGAUGACCAACUCACUCAGUGUGGGCGUGGUCAAGCUGUCUAGUCAAUCUGAUGAUAGUAUGAAAAUAGUGAACGAUACGAAUAACCCAGCAGAACCUAACACUAGUGAAAUGAUGGAAACGUUGUUAACGAGCCAGGCCCGGAGAACUAUAAGGGAGACACUCCUGAAAUGCAGCGAAAAAAUAUUCUCUCCAAGAUGAAGGAAAACGUACGCAAUAGAGGACGGGAGUGGAAAACGUUCCUGUUCACAUCGGACGAAGACGAAGAAUGAUGAUGAAGAUGGAGAUAAAGACAAGACACAUCAUGAUGAUGAUGACGUCAUUAAUGAUGACGUCACACAGACGAUGGCACUGACUGCUCAAGUCGAAUCACUCAACAAACAGCAGACAUAGGGGACGGACUUAUCGAAGAUGGCGUGAAAGGCCCGGCAUCCGCCAUUUUGAAGGACUUUGAAGGACUUACCGGCUCGGCUAAGCUGUGGUACGGCAAAGAUUACACCAACUUCAUUGUCAAGGAUUUUGACAACCUGGAUCUGCCGU